AUGUCUAAACCCUGGAUUCUGCUCUGUCCUUCCUCCCGCGGCAUCGGCCAUGCCUUAACCCGACACCUCCUCCGAACUACCACCCUCCCGAUCCUAGCCACCACCCGCACCCGCGAUCCGGAAGAGACCAAAGCCGCCUUACUCAAGGACUUCUCCGCCGACUCUUCUUCUUCUUCCGUCUCCUCCCGGCUACACCUCCUCCCCCUCGACGUCUGCCACGAAGACUCCAUCCUCGCCUGCGCACAAAAGGCCUCCUCCCUCUUUCCGCCCGAGACGCACCACCUGCACCUAGCUUUCGCCCUCCCAGGUAUCCUCCACCCAGAAAAGUCCGCAGCGCAAGUCGACUACGACCUAGCGCUGGACACGUACCGUGUGAAUUGCCUGGGCCCCCUCAUGCUAAUGAAGCAUUUCGGCUCGUUUUUACCUCGAAAGCGGACAGAAAUCAUUCACAACGAAAAAGGACUACCCAAACACGCCACAUGGAUCAACAUGUCGGCGCGCGUCGGGUCGGUAUCAGAUAAUAAGUCCGGAGGGUGGUACUCGUACCGCAGUUCCAAGGCGGCGGUGAAUAGUCUGACGAAAUCGUUUGAUCAUCAGCUUUUCAGCAGGAGUGGGGGAAAAGCGAUUUGUGUCGGGUAUCACCCGGGAACGGUCAAGACGGAUUUGAGUAAGGGGUUUUGGGAGAGUAGUGUCAAGAGUGGCAGGAAGUUUUGGGAAAGCCCGGAGGAGGCGGCGGGGAAUAUGGCGGGGGUGGUUGCGGCGCUGGAGGAAAGCCAGAGGGGAAGGAUUUGGGAUUGGAAGGGGGAGGAGAUUUUGCCUUGAAGUCUG